AUGGCAGUCGAAACAUGUGAAACUGUGAAAUUGGAUGAUAUCUUAAAAAAGUUUGGUUUCCUAGGACGUUAUCAAGUGCAAAUGACAUUAUUGCUUAGUUUUGUUUUCUUUAUCAAUGGAAUGCAUAGUAUCAACUAUAUAUUUGUUGCUGAAGAGGUGCCAUAUAGAUGUAAAGUUGACCAGUGUGAAUCAAACCCACCUAUUUUCGAGCCAUUACCUAAUUUUGUAGCACCAAACGACAGUCAAAACUGUUAUAAAUACAAGACAAUUGCCAAUGACAGUGGAUGUACACCAAAAAGUUUUAACUCAUCUUUUUUAGAACGUUGUGAUGAUUGGGUAUAUCCUAGCAAAGACAGUUUUGUGGUUGAGUUUGGUUUAGAGUGUCAAGAAUGGAAGAGAACAUUUAUUGGAACUGUACAUAGUAUAGGUCUUAUGAUGGGAUUGUUUUUUCAAGGCCAAUUAUCUGAUAAAAUCGGGAGGAAACUCGUUCUAAUAAUAGUUGGAGUUUUGGGUGCUGUUUUGGGUACAGCAAAAAGUUUUGCUGGUUCAUACUUUACGUACAUCAUACUUGAAUUUUUGGAAGCUACCUUUGGUGACAACAGUUCUCCAGGAUUUAUUAUUAGUAUAGAAUUCGCCCAUAGCGACAACAGGCUACGUCAGCAAAUAUUCAUCUGUAUUGCCUAUGCUAUUGGUGCAGUCGUGAUGUCCACUAUUGGCUAUUACGUUACUUAUUGGCGACAUUUCGUUCAAGCCAUUUAUAUACCUGCGCUUCUGUUUCUUCUAUACAUAUUUUUGAUGCACGAAAGCGUAAGAUGGCUGCUAAGUAAAGGAAGAAAGCAAGAAGCAACAAAAAUUUUGUUGAAGAUUGCAAAAACUAACGGAGUUACAUUAGAAAAAGAGACGCUUGAAAAUUUGCAGUGUGAAGAAUUGCGGACCGAGAGCUCACCCUUGCGGGACACCUUUCGAUCUCAAAUAGUAGUAAAGAGAUUUUUAGUAUGUUUGAUAUGGUGGAUAUCAUGUAAUUUUAUUUUUGUUGGGUUAGUUGUAAAUGUGGUAUCGUUGGCUGGAAAUAAAUACCUCAAUUUUGCAAUAAUGUCCUUAACUGAAAUACCUUCAAGUUUUGCCAUGGUCUACACGUUGAACAAAUUCAAAAGGAAAAAACCUCUUUUUUGGUCGUUUAUGGCAGCUGGAGUUUUAUGUUUGGUUCAACCAUUUGUACCAAAAAGUCACAUCUGGUUGUCUACAGGUUUAUAUUUUAUUGGAAGGUUUAUAGCAACGUACACAUUUACAGUAAUAUACAUGUAUACUUCAGAAUUGUUUCCAACAUACACUCGUAAUUCUAUGCACGCCUUGUGUUCGUCCAUUGGUCGCAUUGGCUCAGUUGUAGCACCAAUGACACCUUUAUUGGCUCAGUAUACAGAAAGCUUGCCUACGCUGGUCAUCGGAGCUAUAUCUCUAUUAGCUGGCCUCACAACACUGCUAGUACCCGAUGUUGCUAACGAACCAUUACCAGAUAACGUUAAGCAAGCGGAAUCUAUUGGAAACCAUCGGACCACUGCAAAUUGUUGUUGA